CUUUUUGAGAGAUUGAGAUGAUACAGCGACUGUUAUAAAGAUCACACCAAACGAACAUGUAUUUCGAUCUCUAUCUGCCAUUCCCCAUCCCUCGAUCCAAUGACAUCCCAAAGAAGAAGAAGGACAAGUCAAAGGGCAAAGGCAAAGCUGAAGAUUCCAGUGCCGCCGAGUCGGUACCCCAGAGCUGCUGGGCUGGAUUGGAAGAAGGCGAGAGGGAAGGAUUCGCAAGGUCCAUGGCAUUGUCUGGACAUCUCGGAUACUCGAUUGUCGGCUGUACGGUCAACCCUUCGACCUCUGCCUUAGCUCACGUAUCGCCUUUCUUGAGAGCUUUACCAUACCCCCAACUUGAUCCUCGUUCUCGCGAGGAUGGCAAGAGCGGACAGUCGAGUAAUCAAGGUCUCACCAUGGUCCAAGUCUCAAGACUACACUUACAUUUGGACGAUUCAAGGACGCACUGCCUGACUGGGGCCAAUUCGGCGGUCCUCAAAGAAUACGAUAUCAUCUCCGUCCAGCCUUUGACCGAGAAGGCUUUCCAGCUAGUCUGCACCGACCUCUGUCUACCUGGCCCCAACCAAGUCUCAAUUAUCACUCUGCCAUUGCAUGAACGACCAUAUCAUUUCAGAUUGAAUCGGAAGCAAGUCCGACAAGCGCAACGGAAUGGUGUCAUGUUCGAAAUCCUUUACUCUGCUGCACUAUCUCCUUCAUCAGCCAGUCGCGAGACGGCUAGAAGAUAUCGCCAGAAUUUCCUGUCCAAUGCCAAGGAGCUCGUCCGGAUCACGGGUGGAAAAGGCAUAAUUCUUUCCUCUGGACCUGGUGGAGGAGAUGACAGUAUGCGCGGACCGUUGGAUUUGGUCAACCUAGGGACGAUGUUGGGUAUGCCUGCCAACCUCGCCAAGGACGCGGUAUCUGCAAACCCCAAGCGAGUAUUGCUGAAUGCCCAGGCCAGACGGACAUUCAAAGGUGUCAUGACCAUGCCCAAGAUGGUUGACCCGCCAGAGCCGAGCGCUGCGCUAGUUGAGGCAGAAGGCAGGGCAAAACGUCAGUCCGACACUGGUCAGCUCCAAGAAGCCAAGCGUGUCAAGAUCGCUUGAAGCUAU